AUGAAUCUUGAAAGUGGGUUUUAUCAGAAUCGUGCCAAAAAAGAGUCUUGGAGAACAGUAUUGACAUUGGCCUAUCAGAGUUUGGGUGUUGUUUAUGGAGAUUUGAGUACAUCACCAUUAUAUGUAUACAAGAGCACUUUUGCUGAUGACAUUGAACAUUCUGAGACUAAUGAAGAAAUCUUUGGGGUUUUGUCCUUUGUUUUUUGGACAUUAACUUUGGUUCCUCUUUUAAAAUAUGUAUCCAUUGUCCUAAAGGCUGAUGAUAAUGGUGAAGGAGGCACAUUUGCUCUAUACUCUCUUUUAUGCAGAUAUGCGAAGGUGAAUUCAUUGCCUAAUUGUCAAUUAGCAGAUGAGGAUUUAUCGUCAUACAAGAAUGAUAUUACUGGUCCGGCUCCGUCGACUUUUGGGGCUAGGCUAAAAUCUACUUUGGAGAAGUAUAGAAUUUUGCAAAAAAUUUUGUUCGUAUUGGCUUUGAUUGGUGCUUGUAUGGUGAUUGGGGAUGGUGUAUUGACUCCAGCAAUAUCAGUUUUUUCUGCUGUUUCUGGUGUUGAACUUGCCAUGUCAAAAGAGCAUCACAAAUAUGUAGAAGUCCCCGUUGCUUGUCUCAUACUGAUAGCUCUAUUUGCCCUUCAACAUUACGGCACCCACAGGGUCGGAUUCUUGUUCGCACCUGUGGUCUUAACAUGGCUUCUAUGCAUCGGUGCUAUUGGUCUGUACAAUAUUUUUCACUGGAACCCUCAUAUCUAUCGCGCUCUAUCCCCAUAUUAUAUGUACAAAUUUCUGAAGAAAACACAGAGAGGAGGCUGGAUGUCCUUGGGUGGGAUCUUGUUGUGUGUAACAGGUUCAGAAGCAAUGUUUGCUGAUCUGGGACACUUUUCCCAGUUGUCAAUAAAGAUAGCCUUCACAUCCAUUGUUUAUCCAUCACUGAUCCUUGCUUAUAUGGGGCAAGCUGCUUAUCUUUCUCGGCAUCAUGAUAUUGAAAACAAUAAGCGUAUUGGAUUUUAUGUUUCUGUUCCAGAAAAACUACAAUGGCCUAUUCUGGUGACUGCCAUACUUGCUGCCGUGGUCGGAAGCCAAGCCAUCAUUACUGGAACUUUUUCGAUUAUUAAGCAAUGCUCUGCACUCGGAUGCUUUCCGAGAGUCAAAAUUGUACACACGUCAUCGAAAGUUCAUGGGCAAAUUUAUAUCCCCGAAAUCAACUGGAUUUUAAUGAUCUUAUGUUUGGCUGUCACUAUUGGCUUCAGAGACACGAAUCGUAUGGGCAACGCCUCAGGUCUGGCAGUUAUUACUGUUAUGCUGGUCACAACUUGUUUGAUGUCUCUAGUUAUCGUCUUAUGCUGGCACCGGAGUGUCAUCCUUGCAAUUUUGUUUGUCUUAUUCUUUGGGACAAUCGAAGCCUUGUAUUUCUCUGCUUCUUUAAUCAAAUUUCUGGAGGGAGCUUGGGUUCCAAUUGCCCUCUCAUUCAUCUUAAUGAUAGUGAUGUGUGUCUGGCACUAUGGGACACUCAAAAAGUAUGAAUUUGACCUCGAAAAUAAGGUCUCUAUUGAUUGGUUACUCGGUCUGGGUCCUAGUUUGGGUAUUGUACGUGUUCGUGGCAUUGGCGUUGUACACUCAGAACUUGUAUCUGGAAUCCCAGCUAUCUUCUCCCACUUCGUCACCAAUCUUCCGGCUUUCCACCAGGUUCUUGUUUUCCUUUGUGUUAAGUCCGUCCCAAUCCCUCAUGUUAAACAUGAAGAACGGUUCCUUGUGGGGCAUAUUGGUCCAAGAGAGCAUAGCAUAUAUAGAUGCAUUGUUCGAUAUGGUUAUCGUGAUCCUCAUAAAGAUGACAUGCAGUUUGAGAAUGACCUUUUAUAUAGUAUUGCUGAGUACAUCCGGACAGGGAGAACCGAUUUGAAUAAUGCGGACGAAUAUUCGACAAAGCAACACGAGGAAAUGAUGGUGCUCGGAACACCUUCAACUCAUUUAAAUGGAAUCCAAUUGUGCAACGACGAAGAACUGAGUCAAGACAUUGUUGGCACAUCGGAGCCUACAGAAACACAGUCUCCGUCUAUGAUCAAGCCAAGGAAGCGGGUGAGAUUUGUCGUCCCAGAGAGCCCGAAGGUUGAUACAAGUACACAUGAGGAGUUGAAAGAACUUAUCCAAGCCAGGGAAGCUGGCAUUACAUAUAUAUUGGGACACUCUUAUGUGAGAGCAAAGCAAGGAUCAAGCUUACUAAAGAAGAUGGUUAUAAAUUUGGGGUAUGGUUUUUUGAGUAGGAAUUGUAGGGCACCCACCUAUGGGUUAAGGGUACCACAUCCUUCAACAUUGGAAGUGGGAAUGGUGUAUAAUAUAUAA